AUGUCACAGAGCGGAUCGCCUCAUCGCAGCCGCAGGAAGGAUAACACCUCGCAGCAGGGUUCGAGGGACCAGUACUCGCGCGGCAAUGCUGGCAAGUCCUCCAACCCGACCAAGUCGUCAUCACUGGCCAAAUCGGAUAAGGCCCAUGGCGGUAAGCACUUCUCGAAUGGUGGAUCCUCGGGAGGCAGCAGCGGCAGCCACGAGAUCAAGGUCUCCCGCAACCCCCAGUCCUACACGAGCGCCGUCAGCAGAUAUUCGGAUUCGGACAACAUCGAUGGCCCCUCCGAGCGCACUCACUACAUUGCCAUGAAUCUCAUUGGCCAGCAAGUGCGCGCGGUGCUCAAGGACGGUACCGUCUACGAGGGCCUCUUCCACAACCCCAUUUUUGAUCGAGGCUUCGGUGUGGUUCUCCACAUGGCCAGGAAGAAGGAGAGCGGCGACUCUGGGGUGAUCAGGACGCCGCCGAUCGACGUGGUCACCGUGCAGCCGCAGGACCUCGUCAUGCUCGACGCGCCCGAGGUGGCCUUCGUCGAAGACAGCGCCGAGUUCAAGAAGCAGAUGAUGCGCGAGGACACAGAGAUCAGCGGCCGGGACUUCAGCGAGAGGGAGCUGGUCCCCUGGCUGGCGCCUGAGGAGGCCGGCGGUAUGGGCGGGCUUGAAGAAGAUGCAGGUGCCCGCAACCGGUGGGAUCAGUUUGAGGCCAACGAGAGGUUGUUCGGCGUCCGCACCACCUACGACGAGAGGUUCUACACAACCGAAAUUGACAGACAGCGCGUCUCUAGAGAGGUUGUGGAGAAGGCCAUCCGUAUCGAACGCGAGAUCAAGCACCAGACGACGAGCAAUUCGCAUCUUGCCGAGGAACGUGGCAUCGUGGCACCCAAGGACGACACCGAAGAUGAGGAGGACAAGUAUUCGUCCGUGAUCCGCGACCAGAAGGGUCCCGGACCCAAGUUUGGCAAGCAGGACGCCAAGGGCAACUCGGCGUACGUGGUGCCGGCCAAGCGGAAGCAGGGCGGCGAGGAGCCGUCGGCGGAGGAGCGCAAUAAGAAGCCCGAGAACGACAAUAGAGACAAGGCGCGGGAGCACGAGUUCAAGAAGCAGCGACAGAGGGAGCUGGAGAUCGAGAGGGAGCGCGAGCGCGAGCGUGAGAAGGAGAAGGAGAGGGAGAAGGCGCGACAGAGGGAGAGGGAGCGGAUUGACCGCGAGCGGGCCGCCAAGGGCCUCCCGCCGUCGUCGCCGUCCUCCAACCUCAGCCGAAGCGCCACUUCCAUCGCAAACCUGGCCGAAGAAGGUAUCUACGCCGAACGAGCUCUCAGUACUUCUGGUGAACGCCCGCGAGCUCCCUCGUCGCCCAAGGUGGCGAGCCUGUCCAACUCGCCUGGAUUCCGUCAGCGCUCGUUCUCGAUGUCGAACCUCGGCGCGGCCACCGCUGCCGAGGGAUCGCCUGCCGGCAACCUAGACCCCGACGACCCGCAGUACAUCGAAAAGCUCCGUGUCAGGCAGAAGCUGCUCGCCGAGAUGCGUUCGCAGGGCGUGGAGCCUCGAGCUGCACCGGAGAAGCUGAAGGCCGAGCCCUUCCACUCGCCCAUUGUCGGCCGCCCCGAGCAGAUCAAGUCUCUCGACCUGUCUCCCGCCGUUCCUCGCGUCUCUGAGUCGGUGCUCAACGAGUUCCAGCAGUUUAAGGACCGGAAGCGCUCGCUGUCGAACGCGUCCCCGGCGGUGCCCAGCAAGCAGGAUAUGGUCAACUUCUCCAAGGAGAUCGAGAAGAAGACGUCGGCGCCCAACUCGCCGGCGCUCAGGGCCAGGCGUGGCGAGCACCAGAUCGCGCCAUCGCCGCUGUCGCCGCGCUACGUGCUCGACGCCACCGCGGCCAAGCUGGAGAAGGAGGGGGAGGCCAAGGGGUCGACGACCACUACCCCGGCGCCUGCGUCGGCGGUCGCAACGCCGGUCACCACCCCCGCCGCGGCCACACCGGCUGCCGAGUCGCCCGCGUCGACCAGCGCCGCCACCACACCGCGCAAGAGCGACGCCGCAACCGCCGCUGCUGCCGCCGGGUCGGACGCGGCCAAGCCGACCGCAGCCGCUGCCACCGAAGGUGCGUCGGCGGCCGAGAGCCAGCCGCCGCUGUCGAAGAUUCAGCCGCCCAGCAUCAAGUCCAAGCUCAACCCCUUCGCCAAGGCCUUCACCCCUAAACGCCCGGCUGCGGCGGCACCUGCUGCCGACAAGCCUGCCGGAGCCUCUCCGCCUGGGAGCGCUGGCAAGCCGACGGUUGACAUCAACAUUCCGGUGAGCAGCUUCUUCUCGCAGGGCAUGCGUCGUCUUCAGGACAACCCGGAAGACCCCGAGCAGGUCGCGCCCGUGUGGCCGUACGGCCGUGUGCCCUACAGGCAGGAGGACGGCGGGAUGCCCAUGGAGGGCUACCCCUAUCCCCCGGGCCGCCCAAUGGGCUACCCCGUGUCCUACGUCACGUCUCCGCCGCCGCAGAUGGGCUCCGGCCAGCCGGUCAUGAUGUUCCCGCCCGGCCAGCCCGUUCCUCGCGGAUUCGUGCCGCAGGGCUCCAUCCCCGGCGGACCGGGAGUGUACUACCCUGGAGGACAGCCCUACCCGCCCCACAUCUACUCGGGGCCGCCCGGUGCCGGGCCAGCGGCUGGCGGGCCGAUGGGUCACAAGGGCCGCAUGGGGGGACCCUACCCGGGACCCCACGGCCACGUCCCGCCGCAUUCGCCCCACGCGCCGCCGCACUCGCCGCAGGGUAACCCCCAGCGCGCGGGGGGUCCGCAGGGUGGCGUGCCGACCGCCGCUGGUGGUCAGCCCGUCCCUCUGGCCGGUGGUCCCCCGCAGGGCUACAGCGGGCAGUUCCCGCCCAACUCGCCGCCGGCCUACGGCGUGCCGCCCCCCGAGCACGGCGCCCCGCACUCGCCCCACGCUCAGCCGGCCUCUCCCCACUCGCCUCACGCUCCUCGCGCACAGCCGCACAUGGUGCCUGUGAGCCCCACGCAGCCGAUCUACUCGUUCCCGCCCGCGCCACACAUUCUUGGCGACCCCCUGGCCGUCCCGCCCGGCCGUGGACCCCACCAACCGAUCCCGCAGCAACCGAUGGUGGUGCCGGGCAUGGCUCCACGAGGAGGCUAUCGGUACCCGCAGGGUCCGCCUCCGCAGAUGGCCCGGGGAGGUGGAGGAGGCGGCAGCGGCGAAUACAUGAACGCGCGGCCGGAGGGCGGCGGCGCGCCCAACAAGUCGCCCGCCCAGGCGCAGCCCUUCCACCCGCGCCAGGGCAACCCGAACGUCAACGCCGGCGCCUUUUACCCCGGCCAGCAGCAGCAGCAACAGCAGCAGCGUGGACCCAACCAGUCGCGCGGUGCCGCUCAGGCUGGCGGUCCUCAGCAGCAGCAACAGGACAAGGAGCGCUUCAAGGUGCCCAACACCGACGUCCUGCCCCAGCAGUAG